AUGGGUAAACUCGUCCCCAACGCCUUCAACCUUGCGGUUGUCAUAUUCGUGGCCCUGGGCUCGACAGCCUGCAGCUAUGGCAUGGCCAUCAUUAGCUCGACCAUCGGCCAACCAAGCUUUUAUCACGACUUCAACCUUGCCAAGCAGGGGGAACCUGGCUAUGGUAGGACAUCGAGCCUUAUUGGGGCCAUGAACGGUCUGAACUCUGCUGGAUCUGCUUUCGGUUGUGCCUUUCUCUCCUGGUCUGCAGAUCGGUAUGGGAGAUUGCGCUCCCUACAGAUAGGUUCUCUGAUCCUCGUCAUUGGAGCUGCCCUAUGCGCUGGCUCUGUGAACAUGGCGAUGUUUUUGGUCGCACGAUUCAUUGCUGGAUUCGGUAUUGGUAUCUUGGUCACUGGCAUUCCGAUGUAUCAAGCUGAAGCGUCUGCUCCGAGUUCCCGCGGAUUCAUGGUAUCUAUGCACGGCAUCAUGUUUGCAGUUGGAUAUUCACUGGCAUCCUGGAUCGGCUUCGGGUGCUAUUUCAUGUCGGCUGCUGGAAAUAUGUCUUCUUUCGCUUGGCGAUUUCCUCUUGCCUUCCAGGCAGCUCCAGCAAUUCUCUUGAUCAUUGGUUCUCCGUGGCUUCCAUACUCGCCACGUUGGCUCCUCGAAAAAGGCCGCUCGGAAGAGGCUCGCGAGGUCUUGAUUCGCCUGCAUCGCACAGCGGAUGAUCCACAAAACAUUGAGGCCGAAAAGGAAUUUUUCCAAAUGAAGAAGCAGCUCGAGCUUGAUCGUGAGAUUAAACAGAACACGGGUAAAUGGGAUAUUCUCAAGACUGGUCCUAACCGCCGUCGGGCGCUUGUUGGAUUUGCGCUCAUGUUUGGAAACCAGUUCACCGGUGUGCUCAUUAUUGCCAACUAUGGGGUCCUCCUUUACGCCUCACUCGGUAUGAAGACUUUCAUGCCUCUUCUUCUCUCCGCUCUCUGGGUCACAGCCUCCUUUCCUGGCAACGUCUUCACUGCCUUCUUUGUCGACCGGCUUGGGCGCCGGUUUUUCCUCCUCACAGGGCUUGGAGGCAUUCUUUUCACCCUUAUCAUGGAAUGCUGGACCCAAGCUGUCUACCUCGGAACCGACAACGCAGCAGGUCAAAAAGCAGCGGUAUUUUUCCUCUUCCUAUUCAUCUUCUUCUGGUCUACCUUUAUCGAUGCCACGCAAUUCCUGUAUCUCGCCGAAAUAUUUCCCACCCAAACACGCAGUCAAGGGAUGGCGUUGGGCAUGGCUGGAAUGUUCGCUGCUACGAUUAUCUUGCUCAUCUCUGGCCCAAUUGCCCUAGAUCAGAUCACGUGGAAAUUCUUCUUUGUGCUUAUAAUCCCUACGGCGCUACAUCUGGCUGGCGUGUAUUUCUUCUACCCAGAGACUAAGCAGAGAAGCUUGGAGGAUAUCAACGCCGCUUUUGGAGAGAAGGUCGCUGUACGCCUCUAUGGUGCUACGGAGGAAGAGGAAGAGAUGUAUGCUAAAGCUCUUGAGGCGCGGGAGCCCGGCGCUAGUGGUGAUAUGGGAACCAUUCCGUCGUCAGAGGACGAGAAGUCCGCUGCUCAUGUCGAGGCCGCCUCGAAGGUCUAA